AUGGAAGAAGAAAGCGCGCAACACACGCCUACUUCAAUUCCCCCUAGUUGUUUAUCGAAUCAGGAUUCUACCUUCCUUGAUAUGCAGUUAAAAUUGUUACAACAGAUGUAUACACAUCAACAACCAAAUUAUAAUCCUUUCGAUAUUCAGACACAAUUAAAUCAAAAUACACGAACAUCAAUGGAACUUUUAAAACAAAUGCAACUUGCAUCAUUAUUAGCUAAAUCAAGUCUUCGUGAUAAUACAAAUGAAAUAAGUCCACCAGUAUUAAAUUCAAAUGUCAAUGGAAUACUAACUGGACAACAUAAUAUUGUUAAUAUGAAUAUUUCAGAAACUUCUAAUUUUGGUAAUUGUAUUAAUAUAGAAAAUAAACCAGCAAGAAAAACUAGUGCUCCAACAUCAUCUUCAUCAACAGGAAAUCAGACAAUCUCACAGACAACAAAAGAUAAAUUAAAAAGUAUGAUUGCUAUAAAAAAACAAAAAAGUUUAACAGAAAAUUCUAUUGAUAUAUCACUUCAGAAAAAAAAUAAUAUAAAUUUUCAAAAUCAAAAUCGUUGCCAACAAACAAUAACAUCUGGAAUAACACAUUAUGAACCAUACCCUAAACCUUCAACAACUCCUCAACAAAAUAAUGAAUUUAGGUUGAGAAAAGUUAAUUCAGAACCAAAUUUAAAAAUGAAAAUUCGCCAACGUCUAUUAACAAAAAAUUCAGGGUGUCAUGGAACUCAAACACCUACUUAUAUCUCACCAAUUCAUAAUACAUUAAAAAGAAGUGAAAGUACUGAUCCGGCACAGUUAUCCUGUCCCCAAAACCCACAUAUCCUACUUAAUUCAGCAUCUAUAUCUCAACUAAAUGGUACACCCUCAGUUCCAGCAACUUCAUCAUCAUUUAUCUUUAAUAGUUCAAUGAUACCAUCUCCAUCAUUACCUAAUUUACAUGAUUCAUUAGCUAAAGAAUUAGCCACAACACUAAAUAUUAAUCAUUCAUUAUUAUCAACACAAGGAUUGAGUACUGUAUUAUCAAUGCCUUCAUUAAAUGAUAAUGCUGCAUUUUCACAGAUUAAUUCUCUCCUUGAUUUUAGUGUUUUAGAGGGUUUUCGUGACACAAAUGGUAUGUUAACACCAAAUAGACAUGUACCAAUAAUGGUUCCUGCUGGUGGAUAUCAAAGUUUAUUAAAACAACAAUUAAGAGAUCUAGUUUUGAGGAGAAAAAGUUUAGUUAAAGAGGAACCUGAAGAAGAAAAUUCAACAGCUGAGGCAAUUCAAAACUUUUUAAAUUUAAGAAAUAUUGUUCCUAUAUCAUCAGAUACACAAUUUAGUGACAGUAAUUCAGUUUCUGAUGGAUUACCAUUAAAAGGAAAAAAACAAUGUGGUUUAGCUUAUGAUAAUGUAAUGGGAAAACAUCAAUGUAUUUGUAAAAAUGAAGAUAAUCAUAUUGAAAAUAAUAAUAGAAUAACUUCAAUUAUUAAAAGAUUAAAAGAUAUAGAUUUAAUAGAUGAAUGUGAAAUAGUACCAUGUCAAUUAGCUAGUGUAGAACAGUUAUGUUUAGUACAUUCCCCAACAUAUGUUACAUUUUUUGGAAUAUCUCCUCUUCAAUGUGCUAAAGUUGACUCCUCAAAAUUACCAAUUAAAAGCUUUAUUCAACUUGAUUGUGGUGGAAUCGGAAUAGAUGGUGAUACAUAUUUUAAUGAUGCAACAACUCAUAUUGCUGUUCGUGCAGCAGUCGGAACAUUAAUAAAAUUAACCUCUUUGGUAGCAGAAGAUAAAUUACAAAAUGGAUUUGCAUGUAUCAGACCACCAGGUCAUCAUGCUGAAAAAGAAUUAGCAUUAGGAUUUUGUUAUUUUAAUAAUGUUGCAAUUGCUACUAAGUAUUUACAACAAAAUUAUCGUCAUAAAUAUCCUAAAAUUGCUAUUAUUGAUUGGGGUGUACAUCAUGGAAAUGGAACACAAAGUGUCUUUUUAAAUGAUGAUUCAGUUUUAUUUAUUUCGUUACACAAACAUGAACAUGGUAAUUUUUUUCCCGGUUCUGGUAGUGUUACAGAAUGUGGUGAAGGAAAAGGUAAAGGUUAUAAUGUUAAUAUACCAUUUUCUGGUAGUGUUAUGGGAGAUACAGAAUACCUUGCAGCAUGGAGAGCAGUUGUUAUGCCAAUAUUAAAAUCAUUUAAUCCAUCAUUUAUCUUUGUAUCAGCAGGUUUUGAUGGUUCAAUUGGUCAUUCAGCUGCACUCGGUGGGUAUGAAUUAUCACCACAAUUAUUUGGUGUUUUUACUAGUGAAUUAAUGAAACUUGCUAAUGGAAAAGUUGUUUUAUCAUUAGAAGGAGGAUAUGAAUUAUCUUCUCUUGCAGCUUGUGUUGAAUCAUGUGUAAAAGCACUCCUUGGAAAAGUAAUAAAUCCCCAUACAAGUCUCUCAAUGAAUGCUUUAACAUCAUUACCAAAUGAUGCUGCUGUAGAAUCUAUUCAACGCGUUAUUGCAUGCCAACACAAAUAUUGGCCAAUAUUAAAUGAGAUAAAUGCUUUAGGUGUAAGUGAAAUUGAAUGGCAGACAUCAUCACAAAACUCUUCUUUAAACGGGCUUAAUAAUAUAUAA